AUGGCCGCCCGUAGUCCCAUUACGUGCCAUGUGCUCGAUUCGUCCUGCGGUCGUCCCGGUCGCAAUGUCCCCGUCAAGCUCGAGAUCCUCAACACUGCCGCCAACAACACCUGGGGCGGUCUUGCUACGGGUCUCACUGACUCUGACGGACGCGUGGGAACUCUUUUGGACCCCUCGCACCAGCUCGUUGCUGGCAUCUACCGAAUGACCUUCCAGACCAGCGACUACUGGGCCUCUGUCGGUGUCAUUGCCUACUUCCAUCCCUACGUCCAGAUCAUCUUCGAGGUCGCCCCUGGUGCCGAGAAGCAGCAUUACCAUAUCCCCUUGCUCCUCAGCCCAUUUUCUUACACCACCUACCGCGGAUCAUAG